AUGGAUUCCAUGGAGACGCAUUCGCAAGCAGAAGGUCCCCGUGAGUCUCCCCACAUAGCCGGCCUCGACGAUUCUAGGAGUCCUAGUGCUUCUGAACCUGUCCAGGCAGCCAUUCCGGACUCCCGCAAAGAUGGCUCGUCGUCUUCCGCCUCAUCCAUGGCGACCUCCCUCGCAGGAGGCUCGACGGUGAGGGAAGAAGUCCAGGAGCAGGAGUACAAGACUCAAGGGCAAGGUUCUCCCAAUUCAGAAAUACCUCCGCGCAAACGGUCGAAGGUUUCGCGUGCGUGUGACGAAUGCCGCCGCAAGAAAAUACGUUGCGAUGCUUUACUUGACCAUACCAACACCCAUGUGACUAAGAUGUGCUCAAAUUGCGAAAAGACUGGAGACGUGUGUUUGUUCACUCGAGUGCCCAUGAAACGAGGUCCUUCGAAGGGUUAUACAAAAUCCAAUGGAGAUAACAGCAGCCAGUCGGCAGGAAAAGCCUCGCCAAGACCGCGUAUCCCGUCCCACGGCAGCUACCCGCAGCUUCAAGGAAUAGGCCAACAACAGCUUUCUCCAGGUCAGCAGCAUGCUCCGUUAUUCUCGCCAAACUCAAGCUCUGGAAGCGGAACGCCCGCUUAUCAAGCAUCGCAAAGUCCGCAGGUGAUCUUGCCUCCUCUCAACACCCAUAUUUUGCCACCUUUGCGUGGCAGAUCCUCUUCUCUAACCUCGGCAGGUCAGACAACACGCCAGCAGCCUAUGUUCUGGAAAGUACCCUACGAAAUGCCAGCAUUUGAAGGCAGGAGAGACUCUAUUGACUCCAUCUCGUCCUCAAUCAGUGGCUCCUUUCCUCUUUCCAACCGGCCAUCCAUUCAAGGACAUUCGCCUAAAUUGGCUCCUAGUUUUGCUCUGGAUAAUCUCCCCACAUCAGAUUCCGAAGACGAGUUCCUAAACAACAACUCCUCCCGCCUCGCAAGGCCAAGUUUCCAAGUGCCUCUUGUUUCAACUCGCUCUAAGGAGGGUACCGUGAGCCCUGUACCUUCUCAUAGUAGUUUGCAGAGUCUGAACCAAAACUUCUCUCGACUUGCAAUCCCUGCCCCCCAGUUCAAAACAGCCCACCUUUUGAAGUCGAUUGAUCAGAAUUUGGACGUUUACUUCACCAAGUUCCAUGCACAGUACCCGAUUUUGAUGGAAAAGCGGCAAAUACAGGAUAGCCUCGAGCAACUUCAAACAGACGAAUAUGCCACUGUUCUAGAACUAUUCAACUACUCACUACAAGUCCUCAAUUCUGUGGAUGCAAAUUUUGACUUCAAUGUUAUCGUUUCGAGCUUCCAGCAGAUAUCCCUGAUUUAUGCAUCCAAAUCCUUCAUCAACAACAAUGUUCAUGCCAAAACAUUGUUUCUCCUUACAUUUGUGCUACUCAAUUAUACCGUGAUUUUAUCGGGUCACGAAUACUCAAUAGGGUUUACCAUCUCGUUUUCGAUAUUCAAUGACUGGAAGAUUUAUAAGGAGCCAUCAUCCUCGCCCCUUUUCCGUGCGUUCAUGCAUUUAGUGGUGCUGGACAAUAUAUUCGCCUUGUCGUUUGGAACACCGAGAAACACAAGUCUGGCGUUCAGCAAAUCUUAUCUUCACGAAUAUGCAAAUAGUUUGAAAUCCUCGGAAUCAGAGUCAUUGGAAUACGUGACCGUUGGACUAAAUCUUCUGCUUCUACCUCCCACAGAUCCUACAAGCAGCGUACCGAAGCAGUCCAAGUUGUAUCUCCUGAACGACAAAUACAAAUUCUUAGGCAUUCUGGAAGCGGAAACUAAUAUAUGUUAUCUGAUUCAGAAUUUUAGCUCCUCACUGGACAGUCUACGAAAUACAGAUGCAGAUGAUUUUGUUUUCGAUCUACAACUGGAAUUCUCAAAGCUCUGCAAAAGACUUAUCUACCUGAUUGACGAACAGGUGGACGAUCUUGAGCUUUUGAAAAUUCAACCGCUUCUGCCCUUAUAUGUGUUGAAAUGCUACAAAAUUCUUCUCUCCUUGAAGUCGCUCAUUUCCUCUCUCAUCAGUUUCAACAUUACCAUCAACAACGACGAUUUCAAAGAUAGACUUGCAAAACUAAUAGACACGAUAGAUGCAAAUAUCGAGAGACUUCGUCGCCUCCGCUCCUCCAUCCCCUUCUUAAAGGUAUUAAUUUCAACGUUGAAGAUUAGGACAGCAGAAACGCUAUCUCUCCCUGCCACGACCGAGAAACUUUCCCUCCUGCAGAACUGGUGUCGUCAGUCAAGUUCUCUACUGCAUUCUACCCUCGCCAAAGAUUACUUCGAAGGAUGGUAUUCAUAA